GCCUUCAUGGAUAAUGGAUAUGAUGAUCUAGAGACCUGUAAAAAGAUUCGUGGAGCAGAUUUAAGAGUUUUAGGAUUUCAAGAUCCAGCAGAACGAUUUAGAAUACAAGCAGCAGUUAAGGAUCUCCAAGAAACAGGGGCAACUAAGGUUUAUAUAAUGGCUGCUGCGUGCCCAAUUUCCCUGGCAACUCCAAGACGGAUCCCUUUAUCCCUACUUACUAAGAUGAUCAGAAUAAGAAUGAGAAAUGAAGGAUUUAACUUAUCAGAAUUUACUCCAAGAAAAGAGAACUUGUUGCCGCUGGGUUUGGUUCAUCUUGCCUUUCGUUACAGCUGUAUAAUGAAGGUCCCUAUGGUUGAUGUUGAGGAGGUGAUAAUGAAUGAAUGGAUUAGAGUUCAACAUGAACUAGAACAUUCCAUAGAGAGAGACUGCGUUUAUACAUCACCUAAAGACGAUUCCUGUACACCGUACUCUAUCAGUACACUGUCCGUACAGUACUCUAGGCUUCCAUCAUCAUUCUCAGUUCCUCAAAGUCUAGUUCUACCCCCCACAUUAUCCAGAAAUAAAUACCCCGGAGUUUCAAGAUCUAAAUCAUCUGAUUGCUCGCUCAGUUCUUCUUCAUCAGACAGCAGGAGCCCAUCAAUGGAGAGAAGCAAGGAGAAUCUAUUGGAUGUAACAAGUCUGUUUUCAAAUCUAAGGUUUAAGAGUAGAACAAGACAAAGAAUAUCUCCGGUCAAACCUAAUCCUAAACCAAGGAUGCUUGAGCAAGGAAAAGUUAGCUACGGCUUCGAUUCUCCUUUUUAACCAACAACGCCCAGGAUAUCACGCCAACAACAAAAACACCACCAACAACGAUAUCAAUACUACAAAAACACCAUCAACAACAUCAACAACAACAACACCACCAAUAACAAUAACAAAAUCAAGAAAAAUAACAAUAACUUAAUCAAGAAACCCAAGAAUAAAUUAAUGUUUAAAUGGUUCUUGACAAAAUUUUUAAAAUGUAUAACAGUCAGAUCAGAUCAGAUCAGAUCUGGGGAACAAUCAUCGCGUUGACGUUUUUAAACGAAAUAAAAAUCCCAAAUAAAAGAAACCUUAAAAUGUAAU